AUGCCGGUGAGCUUUAGCGGACCUGAGGAGCGACUGUCGGCGAGGGCGAGCGUACUUACCACGUACGAAUGUGCAGAUUGCGAGCGCUCGGCGAGGCUAUACAGGCAUCCGCGGAGCAGGCGGGCCCUGUACAGAAACCCGGCACAGCUGUGCAUGCAGCUCCCGAGCGGCGCGCUGUGCAGCAACAGAAGUCGACGUCCGGCCGUUACAGAUGCGGGAUUUCAGGAAAGGCAAGAAGACCACGAUCGCAUUUUUGUGCGAGGACGCCGCUGGACGCUUACGUCGCCGCUCCUGCAGCUGGAUACUUCUAGAGGACCACGUCCAGAGGCGAUCGAUUGCGGCAAUCCUCCGUGGCGCCCACAGGAUCUGGCAGUUCUUUUUCAACGGACCCGAAAGGACGCACCCUCGCCUCGCCGUUAUCGUGUGCCAGAGAUGGGCGGGCCCCUGCGGCAGCUGUACAUCAUCCUCUGGAAGGACGUGUACGUGAAGCAGCUGAAGCGUCAUGUGGUGUGGACCCUGCUCGAGCUGGCGUUCACCGCCGCCGCCAUGUACGGCAUCGGCAAGGACGGUCUCGAGCUGAGCUUCGGCAACCCCGUGCUGGAGGAGGUGUUUCCGCGCGAACAGCCGCUCCAGCUGUGGAACCUCUCCGUCGCCAGGAUACUCUACACGCCGGACGUGCCGCUGCUCGCCGAGGUCAUUCAGAAGGUCCGCGACGACCUGUCCAUAACGGUCGCCGAACCGGUGGCCUCGGACGACGACCUUGACGAUCUGGUGGAGAGCGGCUUCGACUACGGCUCCGUGGUUGGCGUUGCCUUUGAGAACGACCUGAGUGACCUGAACAACCUGCCGCACGAACUGCGCUACCGCGUCCGCGCACCCGGCCCCAGGUUCGACGUGCGCCUGCGUUACUGGAAAAUGCUGGAGGUUCCGGGCCCGCUGGACCUGGCCGCGACGGGCGAGAUGCGCUCCCUGCUGCCCCUGCAGUACUCGCUGGAGCGCCACCUGCUGCAACAGAUCUGGGCGGCCAAGUUCGGCGAGCCCCCCGCGUCGGCCCAGCUGCAGAUGCAGCGGUUCCCGUACCCGGCCUACUACCCCGAGAACUUCACCACCACCUACAGCCGGCUGGUGUUCCGCUUCGGCGUCGGCUUCCUGCUGCCCUUCGCGUCGGUCGUCGCCAAGAUCACCGACGAGAAGUGCUCCGGAAUGCGGGAGCUGCUCAGCAUCGCCGGCACGCGCGAGCUCGUCUACUGGGGCAGCCACUUCCUGAGCGCGUCGUUCAGCGCGCUGCUGCUCAGCUGCGUGUGCAUGAUGUUCCUGUACGUGUUCGGCUCGGACCCGGUGCUCGGCUACUCGGACCCCCUGCUCGUGCUCGUCGUGCUGGUCAACUUCAACAGCCUCGCCAUACUGCACGCCAUGUUCAUCUCCGUCCUGCUCACCAGCAGCCGGCUGUCCAUCAUCUUCUCGAUGAUGUACUGGAUCUGCAGCAUCGCCUUCCCGUACCUGAUGCUGCAGAACCCGCUGGGCCGAGGAUACUACCUGCGCAGCCGAGCCUCCAAAAUCAUCACGUCCGUGUCGCCCGGGAUGGGACUGCACUGGGCGUUCAUGGUCAUCGAGCGCUUCGAGAGAUUCCGUGGCGGCGUGCACUGGGGCAACAUGCGCGAGUACGAUUCGACGCUGGACAACGUGAGCCUGUCCGAGCUGCUCGUGGUGAACGUGUGCACCUGCUUCCUGAUGGUGUUCCUCAUCUGGUACGCGGACAACAUCAUCCCCUGGGGACCGGGCAUCCACAAGCCGCCCUGGUUCCCGUUCCUGAGAAGCUAUUGGCUGCCACAACCAGCGAGGAAUGUGACAAUCCGGCAGAGCAUGGACCCCACCCUUUUCGAGUCGGAUCCACAAGAUCUUAAUCCGGCCAUACAAGUCAUCAGCCUCAAGAAGUUCUACCGGAACUUCCUCUUGCAACGCAUCAACCUGAAGAUUUACCGGCACCAGAUCACCGUGCUCACCGGACCAGCCGGUUCUGGCAAAUCGACGAUGAUCAAGAUGAUUACAGGGUUGGUGCCCCCGUCUAGCGGCCAGAUAAUCGUGGACAACUACGACGUGGUGCUGCACACCGAGGAGGCCCGCGAGCGGAUCGCCUACUGCCCGGCCGACAACGUGCUCUUCGACGAGCUCACCGUCGAGGAGCACCUCAUCUUCUUCGCCAUGCUGAAGGGACUGUCUGCGAGCAGGAUACGGGUCGAGAUCAACCUGCUGCUUACCGACAUCCAGAUGUCGGCCUACAUGAGCUACCGGCCUUCGACCCUGUCGGACGGAAUGAAACGUCUGCUAUGCGUCGCUAUAACUCUCCUGGUUGCGUCCAAGAGCAAGAUCAUGGUCUUCGACGAGCCGACGGCCACCAUGGACCCGCACAGCCAGCGCGAGGUGUGGGAGCUGCUGCUCAAGGCCCGGCGCCACUGCUGCAUUCUGCUGACCACGCAGAACCUGCGCGAGGCCGACGUGCUGGGCGACAAGGUGGCCAUCAUGAACAAGGGCCUGCUCUGGUGCAGCGGCUCGCCGGGCUUCCUGCGCGAGCGCUUCCGCGCCGGCUACAACAUCCGCAUCGCCAAGGAGGCCGGCUGCGACACCGCCGCCCUCGAGGCCGUCCUGCGGCGCCACGUCCCGCGCGCGGCCGUCAAGAGCGACUCGAACGCCGAGGCCGAGUUCGCGAUGGGCGCCAACCCGGGCAACCGGCGCCUCACGGCCAUGUUCAAGGAGCUGGACCGCGAGCGGCGCAAGCUCAAGAUCGGCGCCAUGAGCGUCUCCAUAGCGUCGCUCGACGAGCUCCUCGACAAGGUGGUCCACGACCCGACCUUCCAGUCGGGCAUCGAGACGGGCACCCCCGUGCACGCCAAUGACGAGCCGAUUUACAGGGCGACCAAGGAACCGGGCAGCAGGACCUGUGCGCGGCAGCUGGCGUGGCUGCUCAAGAAGCGGUUCUACAUCUGGCUGCGGGACUGGAACCCGCCCGUUGUCCGCUGGGUGGUUCCGGUGUGCGUGCUGCUGCUGGCGACGCAACUGCAGCGGCUCUUCUCCGAGGAGGACAUCGUGUCGUCCGACUUCUACAAGGACCGGCUGCAGUACACGAUCAGGGCCCUGCACGUGCCGUCGCCGCUGAGCUUCGUCUCGGCCAACCGGAGCCGCGGCGACCCCGUGCUGCGCCACCUGCGCAAGCUGUUCGCCGAGGAGGACAUCCGGCCGGUCCACAUCGGCUCCGACCACACCAGCUCGCGCCUGCUGGACUACGCCGAGGAGCACCCGAGGCUCUACAACUACCGGAUGCUCUUCGGCAUCGUCUUCAUGGCCAACAGCACGCCCACGCUGUGGUACAACGGCCAGUGCCCGCACGCGGCCCCGCUGCUGGUCAACCUGUACCACUCGGCGGUGCUGCGCAACAUCACGGACCAGCCGGCGGCGCGGUUCGUGCUCGUCAGCCACCCGUACAGCAACGAGACGGGCCGCCGGGGCGGCGCCGACGAGAAGCAGGACCUGCAGCAGCUGCUGCAGAGCAAGCUCUUCUUCGGCGGCGUGCCGCUCAGCGCUGACAGCUUGGUCGUCGAGGUGCUCAUGGGCAUCUUCGUGCCGCUCGCGCUGUGCUUCCACGCGGCCAGCUUCGUGGUGUUCCCCAUCACGGAGCUGUGCGGCGAGUUCAAGCGGCUGCAGCUCAUGACCGGCGUGUCCGGCAUCGUCUACUGGUUCAGCAACUUCGUCUUCGACACCGCGCUGGCCGUCGCCUGCGCCUCCGUCUUCGUGCCCACCAUCUGCUUCAGCCACCGAUACCUCAAGAGGCCCGAGUACAUCGCGGUGCUGUCGAUGCUCUUCCUGGCGCACGGUCUGUCCAUGGUGCCUUUCUGCUACGUGGUGUCCACCCAUUUCAAGGACAGCUCUUUCGGCUUCUCCAUCAUGGUCAUCUUCAUCUUUUUCACCGGGCUGGUGGGCGCCCUGGAGGCGGUCAUCGUCCACUUCACGCUGACCGUGGCCGAGGUGCGGCUGCUGUCGCUGGUGCCGCGGGCGCUGGACAUCCUGUUCCGUGGCGUGCCCACGUUCACGCUCACGCGCGGGAUCGCGCGGCUGCUGCGACUGCGGCGCGAGAACGACAUCUGCGAGGCCGGCGAGGAGCAGCUCGCCGUCGCCUGCCGGACCGUCGACCUCGGCCACACCGUCUCGCUCAAGUACUGCUGCAACGCGCUGCCAACGCGCAACGCCAGCAGCGCGAACAUCGUCGACGGUGGCCGCCGCACGAUGAUCCAGCCGUACGAGCUGUCGUGCGCCGUGAUGAUCGAGGUGUACGUGAUGCUGGUCGAGGCUGUCGUGCUCCUCGCCUUCGUCGCCUUCAUGGACGCCACGCCGUACCACAGGCUGCGCAGGAAGGUGCUCGCGCGGUUUCGUAGGCGCAAAGACCCCGCUUUGUCGCCGAACCACGACGAAGGCCCACGCCUGGCCACGUCGCCGCUCGACUCCGACGUCGCCCACGAGUCCGCGGUGGUCGAGAAGCUCGCGUCGGAGCCCAAGUCGCCCGAGUACGCCCUCGUGGUGCGCAAGCUCACCAAGUCGUUCGGGCCGUGCCGGGGCGUCAACAACGUCAGCUUUGCCCUGAAGCGCGGCCAGUGCCUGGGCAUCAUCGGCGUGACCGGGUCUGGCAAGACGAAGCUGAUGCAGCUGCUGACCGCCACGUCCGAGUGCUCGUCGGGCGACGUUUACAUCGGCUCCUGGUCGCUGCUGCGCACGCCCAGGGAGUACGCCGCCAACAUCGGCUACUGCCCCGAAGCACUCGGCCUGCCCGAACACCUCACCGGCCGUGAGGUCAUCGAGCUCAUCUGCGUCCUGCGCGGCUUCCGGCUGGACGACACGGCGGCGAUGGCCAAUAACCUCCUGCGCGUCAUGGAGCUCUCCAAGGUGGCCAACGUGAUCGUGAAGCAUUACACUCCCGGCGACAAGCGGAAGCUGUGCAUCGCGAUCGCCCUGGCGGGGCUGCCGAGCGUCAUCCUGCUCGACGAGCCGAGCACGGGUGUCGACGUCGCCGCCCAGGCGCAGAUCCGGCGCAGCCUGAGCAUCAUCCGCAAGUCGACCGACUGCGCCAUCCUGCUCACCUCCAACAGCAUGCAGCAGUGUGAGGUUCUGUGCGACCGCAUCGGGAUCCUGCUCGCGGGCCAGCUGGAGUGCAUCGGCACGGUGGACGAGCUGAAGAGCAAGUUCGGCCGGGGCUACACCGUCAUCAUCCGGCUGCGGCAGGAGAGCGCCGACGACUCCGACUACCACGAGGACCUCACCAACGACAUGAAGGGACAGUUCCACGGCUGCCAUCUGGAACACUGUUGCCAGCCUGCGAGGAGCCUGAAUCCUGUACAGUUGACCUUGGAGCAAAAGACUGUUCUUAGUGCUGUCUUGGCUGGCCGCAGUGUGUUCUUCACCGGUGGGGCAGGCACGGGAAAGUCGUAUCUUUUGAGGCACAUCCUGUCAUCACUACCCCCACAAGAUGCAUUUGCCACGGCUACGACUGGCAUCGCAGCUGCUCAGAUUGGUGGCACUACGCUGCAUUCGUUUGCUGGUGUUGGAACAGGCACGGCCACGGUGGAAGUGAUGAUGCAACGAGCAAUGCGACCACCAUGGGUGAACCAGUGGCGCCGUUGCAAGGUGCUGGUGGUUGACGAGGUGUCCAUGUUGGACGGACGCUUCUUCCACAAGCUCGAGCGGGUGGCCAGGCUGGUGCGGCGCAGCGACCGUCCCUUUGGUGGCAUCCAGCUGGUCCUCUGUGGUGACUUCCUGCAGCUCCCACCAGUCUCUCGGAAGGAGGAGCCGGCACCGGUCUUUUGUUUUCAGACAUCCGCUUGGCGCCAAUGCGUCCACAUCACUCUGGAGCUGAAGCAGGUGCACAGGCAGAGUGAUCCCAGGUUCAUCUCCUUGCUGCAGCAAGUGAGGGUAGGCUCCUGCCCUGACUGGGUUGAGGAAGUGCUGAAGAAGACAGCCAGCCGCUGUCUUGAAACAGGUGACAUAGUGGCAACUCGGCUGAGCACGCACACAGAUGAUGUGGACUUCAUGAAUCAAAGGUGCUUUGACCAGCUGCCGAGCUCGCCACGCAUAUUCAAAGCCAUUGACUCUGAAGGCUCAUCAGCAGACUUGCUUGAAGCCUGUGCACCUUCCACUCUAAGCCUCAAAGUGGGCACACAGGUCAUGCUGACCAAGAACACUCAAGUGAGAGCUGGCCUUGCAAAUGGCUCACGUGGGGUCGUCGUGGGAUUUGACUCAGCGUCCGGAGACCCCAUUGUCCAGUUUGUGAACUCGUGCAAGCAAAUCAUCACUAAAGAGCGCUGGGCCAUCCGGACAGGCCCCGAGGGUAGGUGCCAUGUGCGACGGCAGCUCCCACUGCGCCAUGCUUGGGCCAUGUCCAUUCAUAAGUCUCAGGGCCUGACGCUUGACUUUGCUGAGUUGACAUUGGGUCGUGUCUUUGAAGCGGGUCAAGCUUAUGUUGCUCUCUCAAGGGUGGCCACACUGGAAGGGUUGAGGGUUCUAGACUUCAGGAAGGAUUGUGUCCGGGCUGACCCUCGCGUGCUUUCCUUCUACCGAGACCUUGGUGCGUGUUGAUGUUUUUAAAAAGCUUGUGGGUUAACGGUGAUGUGGGCUAGAUAUCGGAAAUAAGUGUUAUUGAUGCCUUUGCUACCAAAUUUGUUGUCUUCACUGGAGGACUUUGUGAUGAAAGUAGGAAAUACAUAAUAGUUUUCAUUAUACAGUGAAACCUCGCUAAACCAUAGUUGGCCGGAGUUUGGAAAAAGUGUGUACUAAAUGGUGGUACUGUUUAACUGAAAUAGCAUGAGAUCGCCCACCUACCUGUCAAAAACGGAACUCCGAGAGAGUGCGAUGAAAGGGCAAAAAAACAUGCAGUAUUUAUUCACUUCCUGCAACAAAAGUGUUUUCGUUUGAUGCCGCGGCGGCCUAACAGCGAUGACAGUGACCUCAAACUUACUGAAGCUGUGAGCCAGCUUUUCAGCCAGAACCCUCUCCUUGGCAAACACUCGCAUGGCAGAUUCCUCGUUGGCAUUGCAUAUUAUCCAUGCGAGGGUGUGGUAGCGCUACAGAAGUUGCGGAGUGCUGUUCUCGUUGCGACGAUUGCAUUCAUGAGGCUUACGUAACGUGCAGCUUCUGCCACUGUCGGGCCUGAAUUGCCCAUGCUGUCACUUUCUGUGUCAUCCUCAUCACUGUUGUUAGGCAACACUUCGGCAGCAACAGAGGCAACGAUGGAGAACUCUCAAACCUUGUAGCAGACAUUUUUUUGCGGUCGCAGCAGCAGUAACGCUGAGCUUAGUGUCACGUCGCAUGCCAGCGCCGACUUCUUCGUGUCACGUUCUGUAGCAUGAACAAUGUCGAAUUUUUCUUCUGUGCUCAGCACCCGGCGUUUUCUGCUUCGGCAGGACGUGAGUCGUAGCUUGCACAAUGCCACAAAGCUCUCUGGCAUAGUGUCGGAAUGAUGUUGAUGUGGCUUCAUGCGCAAAUGCACAGGGCACAUUGAGAACAGGGCGCUUGGAGACCGUUCUGAUCUCUAAGGCUUGUUGUUCUGGCAGGCCGCCCGAUAGGGACGACGCUUAGAGCCAGUAUAGUAACUCUAUAGGACGACGCACCGCCGUGAUUGCGUGACGAAAAGUAGAAACACUACGUGUUAACCGAUGCGUACACGAUAAGCUGGUACGGUUUAUGCUGAUAGAAAAUGCGUUAUGUUCAAUGGCUGCCAAGCCAUGGAUUUGACUUUACUACUUUUAAAACGAAACUACUGUUUAAGUGGGUACAGUUUAACGAGGUUUAACUGUAGUGUAUUGUACAUGUUAUGCACAUGUGCCAGACAUGCUAUAUCUUAGUCAUUGACCAUUUGUUCUCGCCUCAGUCUAAAAAAGCAACGAUGUAUUUAGCUCGCUGUAGUAGUAGUCCAUUUCAUUUCUACUGUGCUUGUGUCACUGUACCAGAUCUUAUCUAACUUGUGUUCUUUGUUCAUGCGUUUACAUUAUUUAUUAUAAUUUAUGAACAAAUAAGAACAAAUCGUGAAUUUGCCUUGCUCCAGCAUCUUUCCAUUUCACGCGGAAUGAAAUUACUAUUUUUGAUCUCUGAAUGUUACAUAGAUAGGUGAGGGUAGGUAUUGUCCUGACCUUCAGCUUCGAAACAGCCAAGCCUGCAUUGUGUUUGCAUGCUAGUUGUAAGAGACAUCCUCAUGACCAGACUGUGUGAUGUUGCAGAUUAAACCAGUUUGGCCGCAGCCAAUAAUGCCGGAGUGGUCACAAUGGUUAGAUUGUAAAAGUACAUUGGGCUGUUCUCUUACUAAAUUAUUUGCUUUUAAUUUUGAAAAGCUGUUCCAAAGCAGCUGUUGAUGAAACAGUUAUGACCCACUUGUGUUCCCUUUUUGACUCAGUUGUGUUCAUAUUUGUGUGUAAACUGAAAGCCUUGCAGUUGGCAUAAGGUUGCUUUAAUCUGCAUGACAUAAUCUAGAAAAGUGGACAUGAAAAGUAUACUAAAAGUAUACUCUGCACUCAGGAGACAUGAUCAUGAGCUCUGUGGUUUUUGUUGUUGUUAUUGUAGUGUAAAAAAUGGGUGUUAAUUUUUGCCAUGAGAAUUGUACAUUUAUUAAACUCUUUUAUAACUUUUUAUGUGAUGUGAGCUCUCUGUGAUGGUGAACAAUAUGAAAAAAUGGCUGUGCAAAUGUGGCCAUGCAUGUGACCUUGUAUUGUUGGGUAUUUAUAGCAGAAAAAAGUGCAUCGAGUAGGUGCAUCAUGUAGCCAUGCCCAUUUCAGUUUUCCAAUGAUCUGUUUUAAAACAAUUAAUUUUGUACUGUCAUGAUGACGAUGAGUUCCUUAGCUUAUGCCCUUUCUGUGAUUUUAGCUGAAGGGUGCUGACUAAGGUUUCGCUAGUGUGUGAUUUUAGGCAGCUAGUUUCAUUCUGAGCGGAUUGUUUCGAAAUAAAAAUGUGCUACAGUGUAA